AUGUUGUCAUCAUGGAUAAGGUCUAUUUCUUCAUCCAGGGUUUUGAGUGCCGUAUACGCACUCUUCCUUUCUUCAUUCUCCUCAUCCACUUUCACCGCCGCACUCACCUCCUCCUUCCCCCCCACUUCGUUCUUAAUCACCAGCAACUCAUUUGCAACGUCCCCCAUGGUUGGACGGCUUGCAGUGCGAUCCACCGUGCAG